CGGUCAUUCAUAGUUUCCAGCCUUCAACAUCUUGCCCGAUACCGUUUAGACGCCAGUGGUAUGAGUGUGACGCGUGAGGGGAACAAAAUACACAUCUCGAAUGGAAGCCUCGCCGCGACUGGCUGUGUUUCAUGGCUUUCGUCACCGUCCAGAGCUUGUCGUUCCCCAUGCCCAUCCCAGUCUACUUUCCGCUCACAAAAUCAAGUUCCUGAAUUCCUGAAUCAAAAUCAUGUCGAACCCCCUCGCAGCCUUCUUUAGCGUCCUUGCCAUCCCUCACGAUGCAACCUUCGUCGACGACAAUGCCGCAGGUCACGAACGCAAACGCAGACGCAUCUCUCGCAGGGAGCGCAAUCAACGCCGAAGCCUCAGUGGCGAAAACCGAACACAGUCUAGGUGGGAGACCAACGAAAGCCAAGAGAGCAUCGAAUCUCCAACAACAAUGUCCAAGUCCCUUCGUCGCCCCAAGCGUACCAGCAGUGAUGAGAACAAUCGCAGGUUUGAAAAGUCUCAAAGAGUCAUGCCUCUUCGUAAACCGAUGCGCCAGGCAACUCCAGACAUCAACUACGAUGUGGAGCGGGCUCUGCUUUCUAAGAAGGGACACAAGGCGCUCCGCAAGCCCAUGCGCCAGCUUACUCCGCCACCACCUCCAUCGACACCAAGCCUGACUUCCUGGAAGAUUUCACCUCCACUUCGCCGUGUUAGCUCCUCCUCCUCCAGUGGAUCAUCUAAUGCCGCAAUGACGCCUCAGAAAUGUCAGCUUGUCCGACAGGGCAGCUGCUAAAAGGAUCCUCUACAAGCAAGAGGACUACUGUAUUCUAUGGGGGAUUACACAAUGUAUACUAAACAUCCGGAUUAUCUGAUU